CUGAUACCUAACUGCUACAGGAAAUACCCUGCUGUAAGGAUACUUAUUUCCUUUUCCAUCCUGUUAUUAAUUGCUCUCCUUUUUGAACUUGCAGCAUCUCCUGCACCAGUGACCAAAAUGGAAGAAAAUGCAAACACUAGCUUGGAAGAAGAUUUUGAAGGACAAGCUACACACACAGGACCCAAAGGUGUGAUCAAUGACUGGAGAAAGUUUAAAUUAGAAAGCGAAGACAGAGAUUCCUUACCCUUGAGCAAGAAAGAAAUUCUUCGACAAAUGUCUUCACCGCACAGGUCUUUCAGUAAAGAUGAUAAAGACACCAGAGAGAGAUUCUGUCGUAAGAUGAGUAUGCAGGAGUAUGAAUUAAUACAAGAUGAGAAAGAAGAUGAAAGCUGCCUACAAAAAUACCGCAAACGCUGCAUGCAGGAUAUGCACCAGAGGCUAAGUUUUGGGCCUAAAUAUGGUUAUCUGUGUGAGCUGGAAAACGGAGAACAGUUCCUGGAAGCCAUUGAAAAAGAACGGAAGACUACCACCGUCAUCGUCCACAUUUAUGAAGAUGGCAUCAAGGGCUGUGAUGCUCUGAACAGCAGCUUAACCUGCCUUGCUGCCGAGUAUGCCACCGUGAAGUUCUGCAAGAUCAAGGCCUCCAACACUGGGGCUGGAGACCGCUUCUCAGAUGAAGUGCUUCCCACCCUGCUUGUCUACAAGGGUGGGGAGCUCCUGAGCAACUUCAUUAGCGUUUCUGAACAAUUCAACGAGGAAUUCUUUGCCGUGGAUGUGGAGUCUUUCCUAAAUGAGUAUGGGUUGCUACCUGAAAGGGAGCUUCCAGCACUGGGAAAUGGUAACACCGAUGAGCAAGAUGUUGAAUAAUUAGACACAGUCCUCACUCUCCCCUCAGUAUGUCAUAAAUCCAUCUCAGUAACAACCAUCUCAUUUAGAGAAGGAUCUCCUUGCUUCCUAACUUAUUUGUAAGAUACACAUAUAUUCCUUAUCUGUUAGCACGUGAGUUUUACUGAAAACACAUACAACAGCCAGUCCUGCACAUACUUAUUUCUGUAACGGCCACAAGCAAUAGGUAGAACAGGGGAUAACAUUGGUGAUCUCUAAGAAAUCAGGGACACACAAAAUUAAGGGCCCAACCACGCAAAAGACCUACUGCAUUUCAACAGGAACAGAACUGACCUACCCCUCUUCACAGAAAAGUUAUCCCCGGGCUCUGAAAUUAUGGAGAGGCCUGGCUCAAGAGAUUCAUUUCUCCAUCCACCUUCAGUAGGAACAAGACCUCAUCCAACAAGACCUCAUCCUGCAGUUUUAGGGACAAACAAAUAGCCUGAAGUCCUUGCAUUCCUAAAUGGCUUAGGUAUCUCAUAGAACCACAGAACGGUUCAGGUUGGAAGGGCCUUAAAGGUCAUCUAAUUUCAACCCCCGCCAUGGGCAGCACAUUACGUUUCUGCGUUUAAGUUUCAGUAAUUGUGAAAAUACAGAAGUUAACUCAUCGCUUUUAUUAACUUUGCCAUCAAAACCACUAACAAACCAAUUAGCUAGUAAUUUCAGUUUAUCAUUGCUGUAUGUUUUGAACUGUAAUAUUUUAAAUAUUUGCAAGCUACUGAAGAAGUAUAUUGUGCUUAUGUAAUAACUUGGAAUAAAACUUAACAGCUCUCAAAACCUGCCAUCAGGCAUGUGAAAUAUGCUUGCAAUAUAUGCCCCUAACCUUAAAAAUAUGGGAAAUAUUAGUAAACAUUUAUUCAAAGUUUUCGCUUUAGUGAAAGGGAUGCUGCAAAGAACUAGAGUUUAUAAACCUGUUUGAGGAAGAUACAUGGUAAAUUCACUAUAAACUAACUGGUUCUCCCCCUCCCUGUAGGCAUAAAGACAUCCAGCUCUUCCAGUUCUGAUACAAAACAGCAAAACAUUAGUAAUGUUUCAGUGACUUCUUUUGCACUGUGGCAAAUCUAAUGGCUAAACUUUACUUUGAAGACAGAAAUAUCUGUAUCUUGCUCUGAAGUUAAAAAAUAUCUACAUGUUGAUACAGUUUAGCUGAUAACAUUUGGGAUUACCAAAAUCUUAAAAGAUAAGUUUUGACACUCACCUGAUUCACUUACCGGUUUUUAAUGGAUUUGGUAGUUUCAAAUUUCGCUCACUUUAGAGCGAGAGCUUCCAGUUCUGCUUCAGAUCAGGAUCCCACCACAGACAAGUCUGAACAUGCAUCAGUUGGAAUUCAGUGACUAGCAUCAAGGAACUAUUGCUGCAGUGAUAUGACCCACAUAGCUCAACUUCCAUGACCACAUAAAAAGCAGGCUCCUGUUUACUCUUUUAACACAUUUUUUUCCUCCACUUUUCCUUUGCAUGGAAAAUUCAUAAGAUAACCAAAAGUAACACUACUUUCUAAAAGUAAAUAAAAAUAAUAGUAAAUAAAAAUGCUCUAAACAUUUUUGAAAAACAUAACCUUUUAAAAAGUUACUGUAGGACUCACCAGAGAGCCUUUCAAACAAAAUGAUUAAGACCCAACUUAUGCCUCAUUUUUGAAAAAUGGCAAAAAAUCCAGUUUUUCAUUUGUCCAAUUUUAAUGGCCAUCAAAAUACUACUGAACUGAAUUUCUAUUUUUAAU